AGGGAAAAGAAAAAGAGGAAGCCGACCUGCGAGAAAAAUGAUAAACAGUAGAAAAUUUUGAUAUAAAAAUCAAAACCCAACCCUUAUUCGGUUUCCUUUUCCGACUGGCUCCAGAGAAUUUUGGCGCUUUGGGAGUUGAGAUCCUCUGUUCGAGUGGUUUUCUCAGAGAACCGUGAAGUGGUGAUUUGAAAUUACAAGUAGUAAUGGGUGGUCAUGGAGGUCUGAAUAUAUUGCCGCAGAAGCGGUGGAAUGUGUACAACUUUGAUAAUAGAGAGAAGGUGCGGCUGGAUGAAGAAGCCGCCGCCAAAGAGGAGCAGCUCAAGCGUGAACAGGCCAGGCGGAGAGACACCGAGUACCGAAUUGAGCAGCUCCGGGUGGCCCGUGGAUUGGCCCCAUUGAUCCAACCCAAGGAGUCUGCUGGGGAGGAAUCAAAGCCGGGUCAGGCUGCUGAAGUGGAGUCGAAGCCUGGUCAUAUUAACCUCUUUGAAGGGAUUAAGAUUUUCGACCCUAUCAAGGGGUUGGAGAAGGAGGGAAGUGAGGGGAAAGAUGGGUUUAAGAAGAAUAAGAAGAUGAAGAAAGAGGAGCCGCCCAGGGUGGUGACAGCAGAGGAUGAGAAGUAUAGGUUGGGAUAUGGAGUUGCGGGAAAGGGUGUUAAGUUGCCGUGGUACCUUGAAAGGCAGAAUGUGGAUGCAAAUGGCGAGGAUGAUGAUUCAUUGACAGGGGUUAAGGAAGAGAAGAAGAACAAGAGUGGGAAGAAGACAAUAGAAGAGCUAAGGGAAGAACGGUUGAGGAGGGAGAAGCGAGAGAAAGAAAGGGUGCGCGCUUUGAUUCUGAACAACAGCAGGAGACAGAGCCAAAGGGAUGGAGCUGAUUUUAAGGAUAGAAGGUACACUAGGAGGUGAGUAUACACAGAUGUUAAUAGCUAGAACUUCAGAUUUUCAGAUUCCAAUUGCUUUUCUGUAACAUGUUUUUAGUGUUGCAACAAUGUGAAUGAUUGGUG